GUGAUCCUCUCUCUAGCAGAGCCGUGCAGACUACCUACUUCCGGCCCUUUCUUGCCCCACGAAAUUUCACAUCACAACGACUUGUGGUUUUAAUCCUCCGUUUUUCUGCUUCUGAAGUUACUUCAGCCUGGGAUGUCCUUUACCUCCCCGUAGGCCUGGCGAGCUGCAUCACAAGAUUCAGCCUAGAGCCAUAUGGGAAACUUUCUUCUCCAGGUCGCCCUGCGUCCUCGCCUCCCCACCCCGUUCUUCUCGAGUCGGGUGAGCUGUCUAGUUCCAUCACAGCCGGCACGGCCGCAGGGGUGGCCGGUUAUUUACUGCUCUACUGGGCCCGUGAGCCGUCUGGGGAGCCGAGCAGUUGCCGACGCCCGACACAAUCCGCUGCACGCAGCAGGAGCCUCACGUCCAGGCCGGAAGUGAAAGGGCAGGGUGUGGGUCCUCCCGGGGUCGCAGGCGCAGAGCUGCCUUUGGUCACGUGAUUCGCCGAUAAGUCACGGGGGCGCCGCUCACCUGACCAGGGUCUCACGUGGCCAGCCCCCUCCGAGAGGGGAGACCGGCUGGCCAUGGCAAGCUCCAGGCUUUGGUUUUCGCUGCUGCUGGCGGCAGCGUUGGCAGGACGGGCGACGGCCCUCUGGCCCUGGCCUCAGAACAUCCAAACCUCCGACCAGCGCUACGUCCUUUACCCGAACAACUUUCAAUUCCAGUACGAUGUCAGCUCGGCCGCGCAGCCCGGCUGCUCAGUCCUCGACGAGGCCUUCCAGCGCUAUCGUGACCUGCUUUUCGGUUCCGGGUCUUGGCCCCGUCCUUACCUUACAGGAAAACGGCAUACACUGGAGAAGAAUGUGUUGGUUGUCUCUGUAGUCACACCUGGAUGUAACCAGCUUCCUACUUUGGAGUCGGUGGAGAAUUAUACCCUGACCAUAAAUGAUGACCAGUGUUUACUCCUCUCUGAGACUGUCUGGGGAGCUCUCCGAGGUCUGGAGACUUUUAGCCAGCUUGUUUGGAAAUCUGCUGAGGGCACAUUCUUUAUCAACAAGACUGAGAUCGAGGACUUUCCCCGCUUUCCUCACCGGGGCUUGCUGUUGGAUACAUCUCGCCAUUACCUGCCACUCUCUAGCAUCCUGGACACUCUGGAUGUCAUGGCGUACAAUAAAUUGAACGUGUUCCACUGGCAUCUGGUAGAUGAUCCUUCCUUCCCAUAUGAGAGCUUCACUUUUCCAGAGCUCAUGAGAAAGGGGUCCUACAACCCUGUCACCCACAUCUACACAGCACAGGAUGUGAAGGAGGUCAUUGAAUACGCACGGCUCCGGGGUAUCCGUGUGCUUGCAGAGUUUGACACUCCUGGCCACACUUUGUCCUGGGGACCAGGUAUCCCUGGAUUACUGACUCCUUGCUACUCUGGGUCUGAGCCCUCUGGCACCUUUGGACCAGUGAAUCCCAGUCUCAACAAUACCUAUGAGUUCAUGAGCACAUUCUUCUUAGAAGUCAGCUCUGUCUUCCCAGAUUUUUAUCUUCAUCUUGGAGGAGAUGAGGUUGAUUUCACCUGCUGGAAGUCCAACCCAGAUAUCCAGGACUUUAUGAGGAAGAAAGGCUUCGGUGAGGACUUCAAGCAGCUGGAGUCCUUCUACAUCCAGACGCUGUUGGACAUCGUCUCUUCUUAUGGCAAGGGCUAUGUGGUGUGGCAGGAGGUGUUUGAUAAUAAAGUAAAGAUUCGGCCAGACACAAUCAUACAGGUAUGGCGAGAGGAUAUUCCAGUGAACUAUAUGAAGGAGCUGGAACUGGUCACCAAGGCCGGCUUCCGGGCCCUUCUCUCCGCCCCCUGGUACCUGAACCGUAUAUCCUAUGGCCCUGACUGGAAGGAUUUCUACGUAGUGGAACCCCUGGCAUUUGAAGGUACCCCGGAGCAGAAGGCUCUGGUGAUUGGUGGAGAGGCUUGUAUGUGGGGAGAAUAUGUGGACAACACAAACCUGGUCCCCAGGCUCUGGCCCAGAGCAGGGGCUGUUGCCGAAAGGCUGUGGAGCAACAAGUUGACAUCUGACCUGACAUUUGCCUAUGAACGUUUGUCACACUUCCGCUGUGAGUUGCUGAGGCGAGGUGUCCAGGCCCAACCCCUCAAUGUAGGCUUCUGUGAGCAGGAGUUUGAACAGACCUGAGCCCCAGGCACCGAGGAGGGUGCUGGCUGUAGGUGAAUGGUAGUGGAGCCAGGCUUCCACUGCAUCCCGGCCAGGGGACGGAGCCCCUUGCCUGCGUGCCCCUUGCCUGCGUGCCCCUGUGCUUGGAGAGAAAGGGGCCGGUGCUGGCGCUCACAUUCAAUAAAGAGUAAUGUGGCAUUUUUCCAUAAUAAACAUGGAUUACCUGUGUUUAAAAAAAAAAAAAGUGUGAAUGGCCUUAGGGUAAGGGCACAGCCAGGCUGGAGUCAGUAUCUGCCCCUGAGGUCUUUUAAGUUGAGGGCUGGGAAUGAAACCUGUAGCCUUUGUGCUGUUCUGCUUAGCCUGUGAGCUAUGUCACUCCCCUCCCACUCCUGACCAUAUUCCAGACACCUGCCCUAAUCCUCAGCCUGCUCACUUCACUUCUGCAUUACAUCUCCAAGGCAUUGGUAUAUGGAAAAAAAUGUAGGGGCUUGGAGGCAUUCUGGACAGUGGGGAGGGCUCCAGACCCAACCUGGUCACAGACUAGCCUCUCCCCCAUGCAUACUCAUCCACCUCCCUCCCCUAGAGCUAUUCUCCUUUGGGUUUCUUGCUGCUUCAAUUUUAUACAACCAUUAUUUAAAUAUUAUUAAACACAUAUUGUUCUCUA